AUGUCCGUCUCGACUACAACGACCACUGUCUCCUCUGCGCCUAUCGUCUCUUCCUCCUCAACCACCACAUCUACUAUUUCCUCAGCACCAAUCUCUUCUUCUUCUAGCACAGUCAUCUCUGCCUCAACUCCACUCGUCUCUUCCCCUCCCUCUUCAACUCCAAUCAUCUCUUCCUCUCUCAUUCCAAUCUCAACACCUUCAGCUUCGCCAUCACCCUCACUCUCACAACCAUCAAUCUCCUCCGCCUCAACAACCCUCACACCUCCAUCUCAACACACAGCCUCUCAAACCCUCUCCCCAUCCCACAUAUCCGCAGAACCAUCUUCUCUCCUAAAAAUAGCCACUCCGAUUGCCAUUCCUCCUCCUACAGGUACUUCUAUAUCUCUCCUCGCCCAACUCCAAGAAGCCCUCGACUUCACCUCCACCCUCCUCGGUCUCUUUUUCGUUUCCCUCCUCACCCUCCUCUUCAUCUACUGGAGCACUCUCUACAUCCUACGCAAAACCGUCGGUAUAAACCCCCGCGACACAUCACCCAUCGCCCAACUAAAAAACAAAAACAAUACCCCCAGCUCCUCAACCUCCCCCAAAUCACCCACCUCCCUUCAAACUACCACCCCUUUCCCCCCAAAGAAAGAAGUAGGAUUUGCCCCCCACCCCUCCGACCCCGAAUUCCCCUGGCCUACGGACGGCGUCCAACUCGCCGGUCUCGGGCCCGUCCCCGAUUCCGAAAAAGAUAAAGUGGCGCAAAUAGCGCAAGCUACGGGUUCCGAGGAACUAGGCGAGGCAUCGGGAAGGAAAAAGGAGGAUGUGCUGGCGGAGGCAGAUUUGGAGUUUCAGAGGGGAGUGAGAGAUGUGAGUGGGGAUACGGAUGCGAUUGAGAGGAGAGGGGGGAGGAGUUAUGGGGCUUUGUAG